AUGACCUCCAGUCCCUUCACGAAGGUGAAACGAGGUUGCAACGAGUCCUACUAUGAACUGUCGUUAAAAUCGGGUCUACUGCAUCUGCGAAUUCGUCUUCCUGCGGAAGUUCCCUCCGACCAGCCAACUGAAGUGGUUCCACCCACCGCCUCCUCCGCCCUCACGGCUUUCAAGUGGUUCCAUUCAGCAAGAGCAGGUCACCUAUCUGUGCGUGAGACACUCUACGCCUUUGCUGGACUGGAGUCGCGACUAGACGACGGCCAACUUCACGAUCUCUUGUUGGAACGCAGUCCUGAUCAGAUCUGCGUCAGUAUUGACGAGAACACGGUCUUUUUUCAAUCCCUCAGUUUUGAUAAAAUUAGGCCAGGAUUCCUCGAAAUUCAGCACGUUGUCCUUGGAUUCCUUCCCUCGACAUCCGUCAAUCACGAAGCAUUCCGAGGUCAAAUUAGACGCGCUAUCCUGCAGGUUGAUGAUACAACCCUCAACAUCCUUCAUUUCGCUGAAAACUCUCUUCAUGGCUUUGAAUUUACGGGUGCCCGUCCAACCGAGUGUGUGGCUAAAUCUGCUUUAUUCCCCUCAGUCUCACUUCGUCGGGUUUACUUACUCAUUCGUCUUCCUUCGCCGUCGAGAAACUUGACACCUCCACCAUUGUUUAACAGACUACCGACGUAUGCAGGUCGCAUCCAUGACUGGCAGCAAAUUGAAAUUGACUUCAACUCUCAUUCGAAAGAUGCUCUCCUCUUCCUCCUGUUUUGCCGACUGGAAGAGUUUCCAAAUUCAUUCUUAAGCGUGGAAUUUCGAGAUGGAAAUCCCUGGUUAGUAACCCAGAAGCAGUCACUAGAGGUACGUGCCAAAAUGACCAAUAUUUUGCGGGUCGGAGUUGGCAAAAUUACUAUUCCCGGACGGCAUGAAGCGGUGAUUAUUGCAGUUGGUUACGCCUCAUUUGAAUACUUUGUGGCUAUUGAUGGAGAUGAAUUUCGACCGGCUUUUGAGGCAGAGGUGGCGGGUGUGUUGGAGUCUGCUACAGAAAGCUACGACAGUAAACCACCCUUUGGCAGAAACCUUCUUCUGGGGGGCACCAACUGGACUGCGGAGGAGGAACUCGGUCGAGGUCUUCAGCACCUUUGGAGUGGUUUAGGCAGAAGGAAGCAAUUCAAUGGAUGUAUUCGUCGUGACAUUCGUAGCCCACUUGCCUUCCACCACCUCCUAUAG